AUGAAGAUACCUAUAGGUCAAUUAUCUCAAUUAAUAUUUAAGAACCAUAACAUAAAAGUCUUCCCCUCAUACAGAUGUUUAAGUACUCAAGAAGCUGUCGAACGCCGUCAUCAUCUUUUCACCUUGGAGAAGAAACGACAAUUGGAACAAGUGGGAAGAAUAGAAAAGAUCGAAGUUAAAUAUAAGGGUAUACCUAAAGACUGCAGUUUAGUCAUGAACAAAGAUAUAUCUACACCGUACGAUUGUGCUAAGCAUUUCAGUGAAUGGCAUACGGAGAGCAGUGCAUUGGCUCUGGUAGAUGGAAGCAUAUACUGGGACAUGCACAAACCCCUAUCAGAGAGCUGUACAUUAGAGUUCCAGACAUUCAACAUAGCGGAGCCGCACCAAGUGAACAAGGCGUUUUGGCGCACGUGCUCCUUAGUUCUCGGCGCCUGUGCCACAGUCGCCUUUAAGGACAACGUCACGGUGAAACUACACAGCUUCCCGGGGCCCGACAUUCGCAGCGGCUCCUUCAUCUACGACGUGGACCUGCCCACGCUGCCGGAUUGGACGCCCUCGACGCAGGAGUUGUACACCCUGAGCGCGGAGUUUAUUAAUUUGUGCCGGAGGGACGACCUGGUGGAGAGGCUGGAGGUGGGACAGGAGCUGGCGCUGGAGAUGUUCGUCGAAAACGAGCACAAGAGCAAGCAGAUACCGGACAUAGCGAGGGCUAAUGGUAAAGUGACACUGUACAGAAUUGGCGAACAUGUGGACAUAUCCAAGGGCCCCAUGAUUAGUAGAACCGGACAAAUCGGCCGAGUGACAAUUGCUUCCGUUCACAAGUUAAUUGGUUCACAGGAGAGCGAUGUUAAACUGCUGUACAGGUUCCAAGGUGUAGCGCUGCCUACUAGUGUCAUACUGAACCACUUCGCGUUUUCGAUACUGACAGAGCGCGCUAAGAAACUGAAUUCUGCCAGGUCACCAAUUAAUCCAUUUGGAGAGAGAACAGAUCCUGCUCCUAAGAGCAUGAUGGAAGCUCAGGCU